UGGCCCCGUGCGCGCCCCCAGUCUGAGCAGUCUGAACUCCCAGGAGUCGUCCAUGGACAUCUCCCGUCUGACGGACCAGCAGCAGGACGAGUACCGCAGCGCGUACCAGGAGUACAUCGCCCAGAUGGCCCAGGUGGAUCCGGGCUCCUCCGACCGGCCCCUGCAGCCGCAGCCCGGACACUUCAUGACCUCAGACGCCAAGGACCCCCCCGCCGGUGAGGACGGGCGCAAGGCCUUCGCCAAGAGGCCCGGCGGGAAGGCGGGGGGGGCGGAGGCCGCGGACGGCGACGCCCUGGACCCCAUCACGGAGGAGGACGAGAAGGGGGACCACGCGUCCUCCAAGGCGCUGCUCAGCAGCAAGGCCGCCAGGGGGGGUCUGCCCGGGGCCGGCGGUUCGAUGCCCGGCGUCCUGCAGCUGAAGCCCGGCGGCGCGCCGCGCUACCAGAAGCUAACGAGCGACGAUGACGAGUCGGAGGAGUCGGACAACGCUCCGCCGCUCAGAGACGGGAAGACGGCGCCGGACGGGAAGCUGCCCGCCGGCGGCUCGCUGGCGCUGAAGGGGAAGGACUUCCUGUCGGACGCCAUGUUGGACAAGAAGGACUCGUCGGACUCGGGGGUGCGCUCCAACGAGUCCUCGCCCAACCACUCGCUGCAGGACGAGGAGGCGGAGCUGUCGCAGCCGUACGACGGCGGGAAGCGGGGACUUCCCAGCAGCCUCAGCGGCCUGCAGGACGCCGCCGUGGCGCGCAUGUCCAUCUGCAGCGAGGACCAGUGCAGCCUGCUGGCCUCCAGCCCCGAGGACAGCUGGCCCAGGACCUUCAACCUGAACCGGACCCCCAGCAGCGUCACGCUCAACAACAACAGCAACGCCACGGGGGGGGGCCGCCAGCGCACGCCGCCCGAGGGCCCCCCCGCCCAGCAGACCGGUGAUGUCAUCAUCUCGGCGAGCACCGGCACCUCCGGCGGCGCCACGCGGCCCGGCCCCAACAACGAGAACGUGCGCGUGCUCCACCUGAAGAGAGGCCUGAAGCCUGGGGACCCCCCCGAGAUCUGCACCGUGUCCUCCGACACCGUCACCUUCGGAGACGAGCGGGAGAGCAUCCUGUGACAUCAUCGUGUGACAUCAUAGUGUGACAUCACAGUGGAGAUUAAGAGAGAGAGCACUGAGGGUCUGCCGGGAGCCGCUCAAAACCUGACAUUGAGUAUUUGGGAUU